UAAGCCUAGAGCCAGAAGGGUUUAGGGUUUUGUAAGCUUAACCCUGUCCAUCACUUUCCCUUCUCUUUCUCUUUCACAAAAUAAUCCAGGCAGGUAUGCUCCGUAAAUUCCUCUGAACUUCCUUCUCUCUCUCUCUCUCUCUCUCUCUCUCUCUGGGGAACGUUUGCAACUUGAAUUUGGUUUAUUCAAUAUCUGUUGUGUUGAUGAAUUUACUUAACCUUGCAAAUAGAUGAGUUUUAAUUGUAUUUUGUUCUUGUAAAAGUCAGUUUCUAAUGGCAAGAGGUCCUAUUGCGUCUCUCUUUCGAGUCUAUGCGUCAAAAAGUAAGGUUUCCAGGGCUAGGUUUUUACUCUCAAAUCAAAAUUUUCAUUCUUUUAGACCUUGUAACAACUGGGUAUUAGCAAACCAUCAAUUUGUUCCUCCAUUUGAUGUUCCGGACCAUCGGUUUUCAAGUUCGGCAGUCUUAAUCCAUUCUCAGUUGCCCGCGAAUAAUUCAAACUUUGCCCUUUUUAUAAAUGGGAGGUUAUUUUCAUCAUCAUUCCAAGGCAGGGAUGAUGAGAAUGGCAGCAGUGCAGAAUUGGAAGAGAACAAUAAUGUGUAUUUUGUAGAAACUACUAAUGUGGAAGGUGUUAAUAAGAAUACUGUUGAAGAUGGAGUUGAUGAUGUUAAUGAGGAUCCCUUCUCUAAUCCUAUAACUUCUGUAGGGGAACAUGAAAGUCAAGAUAGGGGUAGCAACGAAAUUGUGGGGAAAAAUAAUGUGCAAUUUUGUGAUCCUGUAGAAAUAUAUAAUGAGCUUCGUAAGGCUGAAAAGAAUGAUAGGCUGAAACGGUCUGAGUGGGAGAUUCUACAAGAAAUAUUCUCUUACUUUGCCAACUCUGGCUGGGCCGCCAAUCAGGCUCUUGCGAUUUAUAUUGGCAUGUCAUUUUUCCCCACUGCUGCUCGUAAGUUCCGGAAUUUUUUCUUUAAGAAAUGCUCUUCUCAGCUUUCUAUGUACUUGGUUUCACUUGGUCCAUGCGAUGUUGCUGUUAGGUUCCUUUUUCCUAUAUUUGUUGAAUAUUGCAUAGAAGAGUAUCCUGAUGAAAUUAAGCGCUUUAGAAGUAUGAUUGAGUCAGCAGACCUUACAAAGCCACAUACAUGGUUUCCUUUUGCACGGGCAAUGAAACGAAGAAUUAUAUAUCAUUGUGGCCCAACAAACAGCGGUAAAACUUACAAUGCUCUGCAACGAUUUAUGGAAGCUAAGAAGGGUGUUUAUUGCAGUCCACUUAGGCUCUUGGCAAUGGAAGUUUUUGACAAGGUGAAUGCCCUUGGUGUUUACUGUAGCCUUCAUACAGGACAAGAGAAGAAAAAUGUCCCAUUCUCAAAUCACGUGGCUUGUACUGUGGAAAUGGUGUCAAGUGAUGAAUUGUAUGAUGUGGCUGUCAUUGACGAGAUCCAGAUGAUGGCAGACCCAUUCAGAGGUUAUGCAUGGACAAGAGCAUUGCUUGGUUUGAAGGCUGAUGAGAUUCAUUUGUGUGGAGAUCCUAGUGUUCUGAAUAUUGUCAGAAAGAUAUGUUCAGACACUGGUGAUGAAUUGAUUGAACACCAUUAUGGCAGGUUUAAACCAUUAGUGGUUGAAGCCAAAACUCUGUUGGGAGAUCUUCGAAAUGUUCGAUCUGGGGAUUGUGUGGUUGCAUUCUCAAGAAGAGAGAUUUUUGAGGUCAAAUUGGCAAUUGAGAAACACACCAAGCAUCGUUGUUCUGUUAUUUAUGGCGCCUUACCACCAGAGACUCGUAGACAGCAAGCUAACUUAUUCAAUGAUCAAGAUAAUGAAUUUGAUGUGCUAGUUGCAAGUGAUGCUGUGGGGAUGGGUUUGAAUCUCAAUAUUAGAAGAGUAGUUUUUAACAGUCUUUCAAAGUACAAUGGUGACAAGAUAGUUCCAGUUCCAGCAUCACAGGUGAAGCAGAUUGCUGGAAGAGCUGGGAGGAGAGGAAGCCGCUACCCAGAUGGACUCACUACCACCCUGCAUUCAGAUGAUCUCAGUUAUCUGAUUGAAUGUCUAAAGCAACCUUUUGAGGAAGUAAAGAAAGUGGGUCUCUUUCCUUUCUUUGAGCAGGUUGAAUUAUUUGCUGGACAACUUGCAGAUGUUACUUUUCCGCAACUGCUUGAAAAGUUUGGUGAAAACUGCCGUCUUGAUGGUUCCUACUUCUUAUGCCGGCAUGACCAUAUAAAGAAAGUAGCAUAUAUGUUGGAGAAGGUCCAGGGACUGUCUUUGGAAGACCGUUUCAACUUUUGUUUUGCUCCGGUUAACAUUAGAGACCCAAAAGCAAUGUACCAUCUUCUAAAGUUUGCUUCUUCCUAUAGUCAGAAGGUCCCUGUUGGUAUAGCAAUGGGCAUGCCAAAGGGAUCUGCUCAGAAUGACUCAGAACUCCUAGAUCUCGAAAGUAGACAUCAAGUUCUUUCAGUGUAUCUGUGGUUGUCUAAUCAAUUUAAAGGGGAAACUUUUCCAUAUGUUAAGAAAGCUGAGGCAAUGGCAUCGGAAAUUGCUAAUUUAUUGGGUCAAUCGCUCAUCCAAGCUCGCUGGAAACCAGGAUCAAGGCAGGCUGGGAAACCAAGGCCUCAGCAACAGAAAGGUGGUUGUGAGAAGCCUAGUUCACUCAUCAGACGAUAUAUAGAGAGAAGGAAAGAAAAUGACUCACCACAGGAGUGUUCAGAGAAGGUAGCAGUCUGAUGAAUCUUUCUGUUGCUUCUAUCACACCUCAAGGGAGAAAGGAACCAGGAAAUUGUAGUGUGGUUGAUUGUAGAUACUGGUUGGACAUUAUAUUUUUAAAGAACUGAACUUUUACAGAUGCAUCUUUAAUUUGGUCUCAUGGUGCACUCAAAUAGAAGCUUUGAUCCUGCCUGAUCUACUACAGUUGUUUGACGUGCAUCCACUGGUCCACUUGUGUCUCUCUGGUAGUCCCCAAUCCAAAGUCCUAAAGAUGAUGUAUGCAUGGGUUUCUGAGGGCAUAACUUCCCUCAAACAGCUUACCAAGUGAAAAUAUGCAACCGAGUAUACGAGAUGAGGCAGAGGACAUUAGAUGGUCAGCAACCUCAUGGUCUCUUAGUUUGUAAAAAAUGGUGAUAGAAACUUUUAGCCCUGCCCUUGUCGCGGCACAUUUGGAACAAGCACGCAUAAUCAGUUGCAGCCUUAUGUGAUAGCGAAUUCCUCAAAAUAGUGGUAACUAUGCUAUUUUGAUGUUUGAAUUAAAAUUUAAGAUUUUCCAGCCUCAAGUAUAAUUGCUGGACUGUGUUGAAUUAGCUAGGGAAUGUCAUGUGAUGUUCUCUACUGUUCUUUGCGCCACGUUGAAUAUUAAUAAGUUUUUCUGUGCAAUCAUACAGCAUUUUUGUUGGACCUGAUCAGCUCAAUAAAAGAUGGAAAAGUCUAUGCUGUCAUAAUGCAGUUUAAAACAGGUAGACUAAGUUUUGUUUAUUUGUUUGUUUGUCAGCAUUGCCAAGAAUGUGAAGUCUGCUAAAAGUGGUCUCACAUGCCUUGGAGCAGUAUCUUCAUGGCAUCAUUUUAAAUUCGUCACUUCUCAUAGAAUGUAGUAGUUAUUCACGAAAUAAAUUAAAAGUACACAAAUAAUUUUUAUUUUUUAUUUAAAUAUACAAAUGAUAUUAUUAGUA